GUGAGGUUAACGCCAACACGAAGACCAACCUAACAUGCUAACUAGCGAGCUAGCUGCCGACACAGCUCCAGCUGAGAGGCACCGACGGAAGGAAAGCCGAGCAGAUGAGGUCCAGGAAUAAUAAUAAAAUGUGCUGGAGCCGGGCCCUCCUCACCGGCUGGCUUCUGCUGCUGGUCCAGCUGCUGUGUUUAGAGGCAGUGCCCAUCAGUAUGGACAAGACUAAAGUCCAAGAACCAGAGCAAAAACCAGAAGAGCCUCCAGCUAGUGUGGACACAGGUCUCCACUAUGACCGCUACCUCAGGGAAGUCAUCGAUUUUCUAGAGAAAGAUCAGCAUUUCAGAGAAAAGCUCCACAACACAGACAUGGAAGACAUCAAGCAAGGCAAGCUGGCCAAAGAGCUGGACUUUGUCAGCCAUCAUGUCCGAACAAAACUGGACGAGCUGAAGAGGCAGGAAGUAAACCGACUCCGAACUCUGAUUAAGGCCAAGCAAGACCUUGAAGGAGGGAAUGACAUCGCAGUGGACCACCAGGCUCUGCUGAAACAGUUUGAGUACCUGAACCACAUGAACCCACAUACGUUCGAAGUGGAUGACCUGGAUCGGCUCAUCAAAUCGGCCACUAAAGAUCUGGAGAACUAUGACAAAGAGAGACACGAGGAGUUCAAGAAGUAUGAAAUGAUGAAAGAGCACGACAGACGGGAACACCUGAAAUCACUGGAUGACGAUGAAAGGAAAAAAGAGGAGGAGCACUAUGAGGAGAUGAGGAAGAAGCACGCCGACCACCCUAAAGUCAACCACCCAGGUAGUCAGAAUCAACUGAAGGAGGUGUGGGAGGAAGCUGAUGGCUUGGACCCUGAAGAUUUUGACCCCAAGACCUUUUUCAACCUGCAUGAUACAAAUGGAGAUGGCUUUUUUGAUGAACAGGAACUGGAGGCCUUGUUCACCAAAGAGCUGGAGAAAAUUUAUGACCCCACCAAUGAAGAGGAUGACAUGGUGGAGAUGGAGGAAGAGAGGCUUCGUAUGAGAGAGCAUGUUAUGAAUGAGGUGGAUUCUAACAAAGACAGGCUGGUGUCUUUAGAUGAGUUCCUGGUUGCAACAAAGAAAAAAGAAUUCUUGGAGCCAGAUAGCUGGGAGACCCUGGAGCAGAACCAGGCUUACACAGACGAGGAGAUGAGGGAGUUUGAGGAGCAUCUUGUUCAGCAGGAACAGGACCUCAACCAGAAGGCUUUCGACCUCCAGAAACAGAGAGACGAGCUGGAGAAACAGCAGGAGCAGCUUAAUGCACAGAAAAUAGAGCUGCAACAGGCAGUUGAGCAUAUGGAACGGCUGAAAUCACAGAAAGUAGAACCCCCUCCAGAGGUUCACGUCGAAGGAAAUGCUCUUCCAGAGAUAAAUGCAGUUUACGACCAGUUACAUCAUGAACAAGAGGCCCAACAUCCUGAACAAGGGCAUCAACCUGAACCCCAUGUUCCUCAAUAUGCAUCUCGGGAACAUCAUGAACAACAACCACAACACCAUGAAGACCUGGCCCAGCACGGCCUCCCCCAGGCACACCAGGAUCUGCCACCAGGCCACCAAGAAGCUGCACAAGGCCAGCAUAACUUUCCAUAAGAGUGCUGUCAGAACUUGAACCUCCACAACCAGACUUUGCAGCCCCUCCACUCCAGUGUGCAGAGGAACAGCUCCUCCUGAGUUUUAGACCACUUCAACCAGCAUGACUUGGGGGUGUGGAGGACACUUGUGAUGUAGGAGAGCAGCACAAAAGGAACCCCUGCUGAAUGAUACACGUGUUUGAUAAUAACUGUAAUCCUCGGAUUACAUAACGGAAUUACAACAGUAAAAUCACCAACCAAGGAGGUGCAUCCUAAAAUGUGCAUAUUUACAUUUUCAAGGAGUGUUUGAAUACAGUUACAAAUUAUCAACAAUGUUUGGUAAUACAAUUAUACAAAAAAAUUUAACUUUGGUGAGCUUUCUUUACCUGCUGUUCCAAGUACACAACAUCUGACAGUGACGUGCAACUGGCAGUGAGAGGGAUAAGGUGUAAAAAGUUAUUUAAAUUUUAUUAUUUUGAGUUUUUAUUUUCUGUCUUGACUAUCAAGAUUCCCCCAAACAUCUAUAUAAAAAAGAGGACAUUAGUUUACAUGUGUGAAAUGCUUUCACUGGACUGUCAGAAACUUUUGAAAUUCAGUGCAAGACACAUUUUAAAGAUUUUCUAUUAAUAACCUAAAGAGCAAAUGAGGCAUUAUGGCAAUUUAACAAUUAUACAGCAUCUUGAUGCUCAACCCUGAACCACUUGACUUAAAACGUAAAAGUAAGGACUUCUUGGUGCAGACGCAUACAAUAUUUUGUUGUCAUCAUCCACAAGGGUCCGGUCAGAUCCUUGAAGAAAAUCUAUUUAAUUUCCAUCAUGUUCAGCCACUAUUGUCAACAAAUAUUACAAUAUUUUAACCAGAAAUGCCUGCAUGAAGCCACACUGCUCAGAGUCCAUAUACUUGUCAAUGAUUUACCAAUACUUUUGCUACUUUUCUAAAGGGACACGUUGGUACUUUUUCAACCUGGACCCUAUUUUCCCACAAAUUGGUAAAAAUGUUAAUAAAACCUGUUUCUUUACCUUAUGCUUGAAUCGAUCUGUUUACUAAGUCUAACCAUGUCUCACUUGUAGUAAAUGUGUGUGUGAAAUGCGGCCUCCUACAUUGCCAGCUAAAUAUUAAGCCAUGGCAUUGAAAAUCUUCAGAAUAAGACUCUGUAUCAAAAGCAAGCACUUUUAGGUGCAACCUGUUCUGCGGCUGCAGUGCUCUCGUUACAUAUUGAACCAAUUCUUGUCCCCUUUUCUCACAAAGACACACAAGUGUGGUAAAAUAGGGUCAAGGUUGAAAAAUACAUGUUUUUAUGAGGUUUCUGGUUGUUCUCCUAACCUGUCAGUCAUUAACCUACCAUGAAAACAUCAUCUUUCCAUGUGUGUAGUCAGAUUUUCUACAGUUGAAAAUGUUGUGCUCUGGCUGAAAAGACGUCAGGUACCGGACUACAGAAAUGAGCCAUUUUUUCACCACACUAAAGCUGCUCUCCACUGACUUGACAUCAAAAUAAAUAAAGGUGAUAGGUUCCUUAAAUAAAUAAAUAAAGAUGGGUGUGGAACAUCACUUCAUUUUAUACAUAUAUCCUCUACUUUAUUACAGUUCAAAGUCCUGCAGGUACUUGUAUGGAAGUUUUAGGCUACUUACAGGAUGUUGGAUCACUGAAAUAAUACAUUUGUGUUGGUACACUCAACAGUAGGAUGGGCAUUUUAAUUUUGGUCUUUUUUUUGGUCAAUACACAACAUGUGUAUGUGACAUGUUUAUGUAUGAGUCUAUCAUAAUUUAUCAUGAUUUUUAAUCUGUUUUAAUAGAACAGUUUUGUUGAUAACAGUGCAGACUUUUACUGGUGUUUUUCAUCAAAGUUUUGAAAGCAUCAAAGUAAAUUGUUGAUGCAAUUGGUGGAUUUGGUUAAUUAUUUCAGUGAAUUUAAAGAUUUUAUCAGGUAGAAGGGCAAAGCUCUAAAUCAGUCAGAGAUGAUUUUGACAUUGCCAGUCUUUUUAUUGUCUGAUUAAUAUUGUCAAAGUGUGGUAGUAUGAAAAUCUCUGGAUAUACUUGACAACCAGAUGUGUAUUACUUGGCCCUAGUUUGAAAAACUUGGCAUGGCAUAUUUUCCCCACAGAUUACCAGUUUGGUGUCAUUAAUGUGCUAUCCAGGUUGUUGUUUUCUUGUAAUGUGUUUUUUUCUAGCUGGCAGACUGUGGCAACCAGAGGUUUCCUUAUUUCCAUUCUAAACUGAAGGAGGAUUCAAUUUCACCCAGUGAGAAAACAGGUCUGCCAUGUUAUUUUCUUUACACAAAGCCUAGAUAUGGAGUAUGUGACUUUUUUUUUGCAGUGCCAUUUGUUUUCUGUGUGCCAAGUGUUUCUUUGAGACAAUACUGCAUCAUAAUUUGCACAAAAUGUACCGAUUGUGUUUUCUGAUGGCUUGCUGCUGGAUUAAUUAGUCAUUUGACAGUACUGUACGUCUCAGUUCAAGAUAAAAACAGUUAUGACCA